AUGACUUUCAGCAGUCAUUCGACAAAACAGUUGGGCAGAACAGAGGGGACAAUCACUAUAGGUUUGGUUGAUACUUCAUCUCAGGAUUCAGCAGAGCCUUCAAACUCACAGAGCAGUCUGAACAUAUCCAAACAGUAUAGGAAAAGUACUCACAAGAAGCAAUCUGACAUCACCCCUGUAGCAUCAAGGCAGAUCCAGACCAGGCGCACAUCCCCACAUAAAAGUAUCAGCUCUACAACUGUUUGCAAAUUGCCUCGAGCAGUGUCUGUCUUGGAAUCACCCGAUCCAAUCUUAUCUGCAUAUGCUCCUACAAAAAAGGUAGCAGUCGCCAAGGGUCAGUCUUGGACCAAACCCAAAUCAGCAUCUACAGCAGUAGAUAAAAAACCUGUAAAACCUCGCAAAGCAACACUGGUUGAUGCACCCACAUACCUAUCCAAAUCAACAGCAUUGUCUAAACCAACUGUACUUUCAACCGCUAAACCCUCACACUCUAACAACUGCUUUAAUACUCAUACCAACUACAGCUCCGAUUGGUACACAAGCAGCAAAAGACUACAGAUUUCUCGUCCCAAUUACAAUGAACAGUCCGACAGUGACAAUAUUAGUGACGAUAUUGAAGAUGCGGAUGAAUUCAAAUAUCGAUGUACACCCAAAAAGACUCGGGUACAGAAAACUGCUAUCAAUCGACAACCUCUCAAGCUACAGUCUUUGGAUCUGCAACAUCCACCAGAAACUUUAAAAAGCGCGUCCAAUACAGAUCUGGCAGGUAAAGGCUCGAAAGAGAGCGAGACUGGAUCUACAGCAACAAACCUGCCCAAAUCUCCGUAUACACCAUCAAAAUCCAAACGGCGCAAGCUUAAAAUAUCCAACUGCUUUGAUGAUAUGGAUGAUACGAAAAAGUCAGAGUUGGUAAUGCCUUCAUAUGCGAAACAACCAAAGCUACCUGCUCAAAAUGACCCAAUAACUUGCAAAGCUGUUAAAGCUUUGACUGGUUUGGAUAUGGAUAUUGACAAGAAAUUGAUUUCAUCAAUAGAGGCCAAGCCACUACACAAUAGUCUAAUACAUUCGGACUCGGAUGCAAAAACACCUUUAAAACUAAACACCACACCAGUAGAUACAUACAGAUCACCACCUUCUCCCGGAUCGCCCCCAACUUCGCCUGCAUAUAUUCACGACAAUGAUAUAUUUAAACUUACAGGCACAUUGAAGAAAAGCGUGUUUGCUCACAGUGAGAAUUAUGCAUAUAUAUCAUCACAAGAGUCUGUCGUACGACCAAUUGGUAUGGCUGAAAGCCCAAGUGCUAAUGGGAUUGAUAACACGCUGCAAGCUAUGCUCAUGCGCGAGUUGGACGAUGCCGUCUAUCCGUCAAGUGAUAAAAGUCCCACAAAGUUGCUACAGAGUCAAAACAGUAGCAGUAAUUGCUGUGAUCUAUCAACAUCUUCUAAACCUAUUCAGCAAUCACGCUCUAGUCAAAAUUCUUGCAACAGUGUUUCUACAUCCGGCACGACUUUGGUACCUUGUCCAGUUAAUCCCAACUGUGUAGGAAUGGUACAGUUUCCUUACUCUCCUUCCAUCUCCAAAGUUUUUUUACAGUAUGAAAAGUUUCGUCGGAAUCAUGAGCGUGGGAAUGCCGAUCGAGAGGGGCUGAUGCAUAUUCGUCACAAGUUUUGUAGCUUGCAUGCUGCCGAACAGACUGUGAUUCCCGAGGGUGUGUUCAAGGGAUACCUUGCCGAAAUUGACUUCAAAAGCGUUAAACGACGAGUGGAAAAAAUGCAAAAUAUAUUUGUAAAUAUCCUAUUGGGGAAAGAGCAUUCAGUUUUUCUGGAGCUUACAUUGGCUUCGUUUCGCAAAUUAGGAAAGUGGAAAGCACAAGCUAAUGAUACCAAGUUUUCACAACUUGCCAAAUUUCAGUGUGGCUAUUAUGGCUGGAAGGGUGGAAACAUUAUUUUCAAAGCCAUUCAGUCGAUAUUUCGUGGACCAGAUUCUGCUCUUAACCCAAACACUGUAUCUCCACAAUCUGUUCUCGAUUACAUUCAAAACGUGCUUGUUCCAGAAGCAGCCAUGCGGCUUAUUGCUCAGGAUCAAAACUUGAAUAUUUUUGAGGCAGACCAGUUAGAACAAGCGCGAGCGAUCAUGGUAGAAAGUGCCGAGUUUGGCACAUGUGUUCAUGGUGAUCUGACAGAUUCAGAAUCUGAUUUAAGCGAUUUAAAUUAA